AUGGAUCCCAUUGGGGCUCUAGGUUUGGCUAGCAACGUUGUGCAAUUUGUUGACUUCGCCUGGGGGAUACUCAAAUCGACCGUCGAGAUUCAUCGGUCUGCUUCCGGCUCCACUGCAGCUGUUUCGGACCUGGAGACCCUUUACGGGGAGCUGAAGAGAUACUUAGAUCAGCUUACAGCGGGCUGCAAUGAUGCCAACUAUUUUCUCAAUUUCCAUGCGCCCAGAUCCGGCCAGGGAAACCUCACACUACGCACAAUGCUUACUCUGAGCCAGAGUGAUUGCGAGAAGCUGCUGGAAGUGGUCAAAAGCCUUAAGUCACCGGUGAUGCCCCAAAGUUCUUGGCGAAGUUUCCGGGCUGCUCUUAGACACUUCUUGGCAAAAAACGAAAUUGAAUACAUGGAAGAUAGAUUGAGAAAGACUCAGAUGGGUAUGACGCUUCAGAUCAUUACAAUCGCAAGCCAAGCACAAGACCUUCGCACACGAGAAAUCAAGGAGCUGCAGGAGGAAAGUCGCAAACUACAGUUGAACCAAGCCGCAAAAUUCGAUUCGUACGCGCUCGAAAUGAGGACGUUCGCAGCCAGCGUCAUCCAAUUCCAGGAUCGGAAUAGGCAGGAUCCACCGCCCAGCAAGGAGAUUGAUUGUCUAGGAGAGAGGCUUGAGGCAAUGUCACUGUCUCAUGCUUCCAUAAGGAAAGAGCAGGAUAUCCUCAAAAGUCUUUGCUUUGAUGCUCAGCUGACCCGACAUGAGAAUAUCCUAGCGGUGUACCAAAAAACGUUCGAAUGGGUCUACCAGCCACAAGGUGAUGAUCAGAGCACCGUGAGUAAUUUUGCGCAAUGGCUCAAAAGCGACGAACAGUUCUUUUGGCUAUCGGGAAAGCCCGGGUCGGGGAAGUCCACAUUCAUGAAAUUUGUGUCAGGCGAAGUCAGAACUCGAGACCUUCUUUUGGAAUGGGCGAAAACGAGCCGAGUUAUCAUCGCCAGUCAUUACUUCUGGAGUGCAGGCACCGAUAUGCAGAAGUCCGAGUACGGUCUUUUGCGGACUCUUCUCUACGACAUAUUUCGACAAUGCUCCGAUCUGAUACUUCCCAUGUGCAGCAACAAAUAUGCUGGCUCUGGCGGAGUAAGCGAGAUUGGUAACUUGUCAUGGACCUUGAACAGCCUCCGUGACACGCUUCGCAAAGUUGCGGCUCACGACGAAGAAUUCCGUGUAUGCCUGUUCGUUGACGGCUUAGAUGAAUACGACGGGGAUCAUGCAGAGAUGUGUGAAGUCUUGAAAAGUUUUGUUGAGACCUCGCGAAUCAAGAUGUGUGUUUCUAGCCGACCUUGGAACGACUUUGAGGCAGCAUUCGGGCGGCAGAAGAACAAGCUAUACAUUCAGGACUUGACUCGAAAUGACAUCCUUGAGUAUAUCCGAGGCAAUCUUCAGCGACACGAAAGAUGGGAAUUUUUGGAAGGAGCAGAAUCACAGGGAGAGGAACUAAUACAGGAGAUCGAGCAAAGGGCGUCGGGUGUGUUUCUUUGGGUUUACCUCGUCGUCAAGCAACUUCGAAAGGGCCUCACAAACCAUGACAGUCUUUACUUCCUCAGAGAAAGUUUGAGAAGAGUUCCAGUUGAGCUUGACAAAUUUUUCACUCAGAUUCUGAAUUCAGUCGACGUUGAAUACCACGAAAGAAUGGCGACAACACUGCAGAUUGCGGUUGCGGCGAACGAACCUCUGCAUGCCAUGGCUUAUGACUUCCAUGACAAUGGAUACGAAGACAAGGAUUACUUUCUGAAACUUCCCAUUCAACCAUACGCGGCAUCCAAGAUGGAAUCUCUUCGUAUCGAUACCGAGAAGCGACUGGAUAGUCGCUCACGUGGACUUUUAGAGAUCAACCGAAGAUCCGGUACGGUGACAUUUCUCCACCGGACAGUGAUGGACUUUCUGAGAACGGCCAAAAUGACAGUCUUUCUUGCGGAGCGUGCACCGGAAGACUUCAAUAUUCAACUCUGUCUUCUCAAGAUCUAUGCUUCCAUGACCAAGGCCCAAGUCUUUGGGCAGGUAUCCCGAAAGGAAUUCGGCGUCUAUCGGCAGUGCGACUUGCAAUCACUCGUAAAAAGAUGUCUUGAUUGUGAGGCUGUGCUCUGCGAAUCUCUAGCAGCCGGAGCUGAGACACACAAGAUUCUCGACGAGCUCGACCGAGCGUUGUUAUUGAUGUUCUCAACCGGCCAAGCAACUCUAGAUCCCGAAACGCCCCCCACGGCAUUUUUGAGGGAACAAAUCAUUGCCGAUCAACAUAUCAAAUACAUGUCUUGGAAGCUCGCAGAAGAUCCGAACUAUCUCUCGAACUUCGAUCCAUCGCUCCUCCUCCGAGUGCUGACCCCCAAAGAUAGUCACCAGGAGACUCGGCUAGACAAGCAAUGGAGGCGUAAAGGUCCUGAAAUGGUGAAUCUCAUCCUCAAGACACAGGAUCUGCUACUCAACAAGUGCCAAUGGAAUGUUGAUCCGAGGAAGAACUGGACAGCUUGGACAGCUCUUGUCCAACAUGCCACAGCAUGGAACCGAGAAGAGAAUUUGGCCACGCAAAACCACUUCUGGGAAUUGAUGGAGCAAGAUGUGUUCUACUUGUUCCUAAAUCGAGGUGCCGAUGCGAACGCCAUAAUCUGGGUGAACGUGAGGGAGGGUUGGCCCGUAUUUGGGGCCUUUCUCAACUUGGCCUUCGAAGUCUCCACCGACAUCCACCAGGAGAGCUUGUACAUUCGGACCCUGAAGAAGUUCAGUCGAAUCAAUGGAAUCUUAGACGAGUCACAGAUUCGUUCCACUAAUAUCUCUAUACAAGAAAGGUUGGGCAACCAUACUAGGAUACGAUCGACUCGGGACAUUUUUCUUGGGCGUCUGGUGUCUAUGCCCGACACAGACCUGGAAGAUUGCAACUUGAAGUUACUGGCGAAAGCGGUGGACAUUCUUGGGUUCCGUAAUCAGAUCAAUGAGCGCGUAAGGGCCUUGAUACCAAGGCCAGACAUUUUAAGAGCGUAG